AUGGCGAACGAUGAAGAGGAGAAUCAAGCAUCUCCAAUCUACACCAAUCAUCAUGAUCAUCAACACGAUCAACAAGGCUCAUCAACGUCGACGUGGAAAGAUUUAGGCGAUAGUAGUGUAUUUCUAGCUACAAAUUUUGAAGCCUCAAAUUUUCCAUUGAAAUCCAGUGGCCAAUUUAAUCGUUAUGUCAUUCCCAAACUUCGUUUCAAGAAAGUACUCGCUGGUGAUCGAUAUUUCUUCUUUGUCACACCCGAUCAUUUCAUUGCUGAGGUGUGUGGUCAUCCUUCUGUUCCAGGAAUGGCAAAACUCAAAUGUCAAACGAAAAUUUUGGGCUAUGGACCUGAUGAUCUUGCACAGAAAUCAAACAACAAACAAACCAUUUGUGAAGUGGAUGCCUCUAUUUAUGAAUAUGAUCUUUCUAAAGAAAUUGGAUCUAUUUCUGAAUUUCAUAUGAAUAUAGAUAAAAUCUUUGCUGUGAAUUCUGCAAGAGAUGAAAUUGCAAUUUUUGAAUAUCAACGUUCAAACACUGUAGAAAUUAAGGUUUUACGAUUGUUUCCAGAGAAUUAUAAAUAUUAUGACAAGAAAGAGCCAAAUUCUGAAAGGGAUUUCAUCAAAUCGUUUAUUACAGGUCCAUUAUCCACACAUUAUGUUGUCCUUUCUCAAAAAGGAAAAAUUUUUGUGAACGGGGAGGAAUUGAAAGAUCGACCUGAGGAUACCAUCAUUGGUGGAUCUUGUUGUGGAAGUGGAGUCAUUUUGGCCUCGUCUUCUGCCUUGUACUGUCGAGGUGCAGAUACUUUUAAUGUCUUUGGAGGACAUUCAUUCGACCAAUUUGAUCGAUUUGCAUUUAAUUUGGGAGCCUCCAUUGUUGAUGUGAAAUGUGGAUUUUAUCACACACUCGUCUUGUUGAGUAAUGGAACAGUCUACAGUUGUGGAUACAAUGUACUUCAUCAGACUACUUUUAGUAGUACAGGCACAGGAGAUGUUCUAUCAAAAAUUAACAUGAAUUUUGGUUUUGCUGUAGAAAUUGGAUGCUCCUCUCGUGGCUCAUGGGUCAGAAACAAUGAUGACGAUGUAUUCAUGGUGGGUGAAGUUAUUGAAAAUUUCCUGCCCAAGUUUUGCAUUCAAAAGAAUCCAAAAAUUUACAAAUUUAAUUACAAGACUCAAUUUAAGAAUUUCAGACAUUCGCCAAAUGACAUUGCAAGUGCUGGAUGGCAGUACAUCAUUUAUCACAAUUCCACUCGAAAUGAUCCAUUGAAAUCUGUUUUAAGAUUUAGAGAAUUGUUAUUGAAAACAGUUUCACAUCCUGAAGGAGGUUAUAGUGAUUGUGUGAUUUUAUGUGAAAGCUUGUGUGCUGCGGAUGAAUGA